UCAUCACUUAUCGAAAGCCAAAACACGUGCAAUUAUUAUUGUUUUGUUUGGUUUCUGUCUUCCUAGUUUUUGAUCCUAUUUUAAUCUUGUCAUAAUGAGUGAUGAACAGACAGCAAAACCUAAAACUCCGACAAAGCCGAAAGUAAAGAAAGCGGCGAAACCAGAAGCUAGUAUACCACGGGGCCAGCCCAAAUCCAACAGACCAUGGAAGACACCGAAACAAAAAUUUAGCAAAAUCAAAAAGACUGUGAAUCGCCUGUCCUUUGAGAAGAAGGUGGCGUUGCGAGAUGAACUACGCUACAUUAAAGAGAAAUCUAGAGAGAUUAAGGACCAGCGUAAACAGGACGCUGUGCAGCGUCAUCAACGUCGAGUAGAAAAUGCCGAGCGUCGUUUAGCCAAUGAACGUCGUGCCGAAGUAGUGCAGGUGAUCAAGAAUCCUGCCAAGAUAAAGCGAAUGAAGAAGAAGCAAAUGCGACAAAUUGAGAAACGGGAUACAAGUGAAGUGAAGGUGGUUUAAGGUGGGGAGGGUUCUACAUUAUAAUAAUAAUAAAAGUUUAGAUAUAUUUAUAUCCAGA